AUGAAUUCCACAUCGUUUAAUAGCGAAAACUCAGGAACUCAAGUGGGGAUCAACCAUGGUCCGAUAACUCAGAACUAUUUCUCAUCUGCCACUUUUGCGGCCCCAGAGCGACAGGAGGCCCAAAGGCAGAAUACAGACAAUGAGAUACUUGAGUCACUGGCAUUCCCGCAGAUGCUUGACAGGAGGGAUAAUAUCGAGCCAUGCCACACGAAUACCUGCAAAUGGAUUUUGGACCUGGAAGAGUACCAGUCGUGGAGGAGCCAGUCCCACGGUUUGCUGUGGAUAAAGGGCAAGCCAGGUGCAGGAAAGUCGACCUUGAUGGUAUUCCUGCACGACAAACUCCAAAUAUCACAGGACAAUCGUCCAGGUAUCCGUCUCGACUUUUUCUUCAACGCUCGGGGUACAGAGAUGCAACGUACACCACUAGGAAUGCUCAGAUCAUUACUAAACCAGAUUUUCGACCGCGACCCGACUGUACGUUCUCAGAUACGUGAGAUAUACGACCGGCGAUGUAAGCAGUUUGGAUAUGGCAAACGUCAGUGGGAAUGGCCACAGGUGAUACUAGAGGAGCUUCUCGCAAGUGCCAUCCUGGCAUCAGCUAGCCGGCAGCACGUGGUGGUUUUUGUGGAUGCUUUAGACGAGGCUGGGGCUAAAUCUGCUCAGCAGCUGGCAGGAUAUUUUCACCGGCUCGUUGGUCGCGCCGAGGGGAAGAAGCUAUGCAUCCAAAUCUGUAUCUCAUGUCGACACUAUCCGAUCAUGGAAAGUGGUCAUACUAUAGAGAUAAAGGUCGAAGAACAUAAUCAGCGAGACAUAGCCAGAUACAUCCAGGAUAAACUGACCAAGACCGAGGCUAAAGACAUUACGAGUCAGAAGACAAGGGAGAUGCUAGUCAGGCAAUUAACCCAGCAAGCGAAUGGAGUAUUCCAAUGGGUUCAUAUUAUGAUCCCCCUUAUCGAGCAGAAGAUUCGUGAAGGAGAAUCGUUUGACGAUAUCUGUUGCUGGUUACACAAGGUCCCGGCCGGCCUGAAAGAUGUUUAUGCAUAUAUCCUGAACAACGUGAUAGAGAAGAGCAACCGCGAGCAAUCAUUUCUGUUCUUCCAAUGGAUAUGUCUGGCCGAACGACCCCUGACUGUGGCCGAGAUGCGGUAUGCUCUAGUGGCUCAGAAUGUGCGGGAGCCACUGUCUCCCAAGAAGUGGGAAAGAAUCUCCGGUUUCAUCGAAAACAAUGAACACAUGCUGCGAAGGAUCAAGGCUCUUUCUGGCGGACUAAGUGCAACCAGCGCGUUCAAAGAAACUAAAGAGAGUCUUAUCCAGGAUCGUCCGUUGAUUCAUUAUGCCACUAAGAAUCUCUUUAUCCACGCAGAAAAGGCUGUCGAGUUCCGUUCCAACGUUCUGCAUAAUGAGAUGAAGAUUCUACAAAGAGUGCUCAGUCCUUGGGUGGAGAUUUAUCAGAAGAUAGGUGGGUAUGGCUGGAUAUGUCCACCAAGAGGCACAACGCUUUUACAUAUGGCUGCCGCUGCGAAUCUAGUGGAUCUGAUAGAAUGUUUAUCCUUAAAUCUUGAGGAUGUCACAAAGACAAACGAAGAUGGAGAUACAGCAUUUCAUCUGGCAGCCCAAUCUGGUCAUUUAACGGUAGGCAAAAUCCUCCGAGCAAAGGGAGCAGAUCAAGACACGAAAGACCACAGAGGCAACACCCCUUUAUACAAGGCAGCCAGUGCUGGACAUAUAGGAUUCGUCGAGUGGCUGCUAGAUGAGGGCGUAAAUCUGAAAAGGGAAGUAGAUGGAGGUGCGCUACAAGCAGCUUCUUUAGGAGGCUAUGAGAGUGUUGUGCAGAUAUUGCUCGAAGCUGGUGCCGAUGUCAAUGCUCAGGGUGGUAGAUGCGGCAAUGCCCUGCAGGCCGCUGCAUGGAAAGGAAGUUCUGAGUUAGUGCAGAUACUGCUCAGAGCUGGUGCCGACGUCAAUGCCCAGGGUGUGCAGAUACUGCUCCGAGCUGGUGCCGAUGUCAAUGCCCAGGGUGGUACAUGCGGCAAUGCCCUACAGGCCGCUGCAUGGAAAGGAAGUUCUGAGAUACUGCAGAUACUGCUCGGAGCUGGCGCUGAUGUCAACGCUCAAGGUGGUGAAUAUGGAUCACCUCUCUUGGCGGCUAUUCAUGAGGGCCAUAUUGAUGAAGUUCAACUUCUUCUUCAUGCCGGUGCAAUUCCACUACUUGCAGAUGAACUCGGCUGUACUCCACUUCAUGUUGCAGCUUCCAAAAAUAUGCUCCAUAUACUCCGCCGCUUCCCACAACUAGAGCCUGCCCUCGACACCCGUAAUGACUUCUUACAAACUCCUCUCCACCUCGCAGUUUGUCAUGGUCACAUUAGUUUUGCUACUGCCCUUCUCAACACUGGCGCUGAUCCUUCUAUUUCAGAUGGUUAUGGCCGACAUGUUAUGGACUGGGCAUCCAAUAACGCAUCCCCACCGCAGGGAAUCCAUGAUCACUGCUCCGAUCUGGCGUUGACUCCUCCGGAUACUCAGGAGCUAACUGUUCAUCGAUCCCUUCUUGAGCUCACCGAGUCGCUUCAAAAUGCCACAUCCAAGUCUUUAUGGCCCAUUUUGCAGCAAUUAGGCCGCUACUUCAUGUUUAUUGGCCAAUUCGACAACGCGCGCUAUCUGUUCCAGCUCCAUCUUCUUCGUGAUACUUCCUCCAAAAAAGACAUCUGGCAGAUUUCUUGUAGUAUUUGCAAGUGUACUGUCACCGGAACUCGCUUUGUAUGCAAGUUGUGCGCCUGUAUCGAUCUCUGUUCUUCCUGUGUACAGAGGCACCGCUACCAUAGCCGAUUGCAUCCAAAUAAAGAGCACGAAGUCUUUGAGGUGUCCAAUGUGCCUGACAAAAACCCCCAACUCACAGGACUGGCAUCAGAGCGAAUCCAACCUAUUCUGAAUAAUCUUGUUCCUAAACAUCUCCAUGAAAAUGACGAUCAGUCGGAGAAAGAGCUCUUAGAUGACACUAAGUUUGCUCUGGCACGGAGGAAGAAAGUUUUAGUUCCAAAGACUGCUUUUAGCUUCCCAACAAUCAUGUCUGGGAUCAUAUUCGGGAUUUUAGCUCUUUUGCUACGAGCUUGGUAUAUAUAA